AUCUUUAGUUGUCUCUGUUCUUCUAUCUUCAGCCAUGGUUAAGUGCAAAAGAAAAAAAAAGAAACAACAUAUGCAAUGCAUCAAACCACAAAGGAGGUCGUGCUGAACAAAGUGUCACAGGAAAAGGUAGACAAAGCCUAAAAGAGGAAACCAGUGAUAAGACGAGUUUCCUGAGUUAAAAUUUUAUAUUUGUCAGUGAAAAAACAGAAAUUACAUAAACAAAAGAGUAUACAAAGUGAACUGAUAAACACCAGAAUGAGUCUUUGAUAGUAACUACUGCCUACAUUUUAGGGGGGGAGGAAAGUGAAAGGGGAAUUCCUGAAAGCUUCCUCUUCUCAUAUCUGGUGUAGACACACUCCAACUGUGUUUUUUCUGAUAGUGCUCAACACUAAUUACAUUAUGAGCCCGGUGAGAGCAUGGAAAGGGGAAAAGAAAAAACAAAAGAGGAAGAAAAAGGCUCUCUUGUUGAGAAAGGCAAGAGCAAGCGAGAGAUGAAACUAGCAGCAACGUCACGGAUAUAGUCACAACAGGAAACUCAUCAUCUGAGAGGGAGGGAUGUUAGGCGAGCGACAAAGAUACUUGAAAUGGAUAUCAAAGCCAAAUUGCUGGGUUUUGUCUUCUUAAUGAUCUACAUGAGCCUUGUGUCAGGAGCCGAGGGCAUUCCUGGUCCUGCCAAAGUGAUGGUGAAUAUUUUGGAUGGCGAUGUAACACUACAUUGGGACACACCUGAAGAUGCACCUUCAAACUAUUACUACAAUGUGGAAAUGGCAAAGUACCAAGAUGACUGGGCCAUGUUGGCAAGUUGCACACAGAUUAAUGAUAACUACUGCAGCCUUAACAGUUUUAUAACUGAUUUUGAAUCUGGCUACAAGGUCAGAGUUCAGCUGGUAGCAGGGGGCGAUGAGUCUAUUUGGGUUCGUAAGAAAUUUCUCCUGAAUGAAAGCAAACUGCAACCUCCCUCCUUCACAUUGUGGGCUACAUUCAGCACUAUAACCGUCUCUGUUCACCCAAAACCCAUUUUGAAGAAGAUUUUUCCUUUUGGUUUAAAGUACACCAUCUACCUAGAGGAGAAAGGACAAGAUAAUAAGAAUACCACGGCAUACUUGAAGGAUGACAUGGAAGAGGAUCAGAAGACUACUUUCACUUCUCUCCAUUGGGGUAAAGAGUACUGUGUCAGCGUCAAGUUAGAGGGCAGUGGAAAUCUCCCCACCAGCAGUGUUUCCAAAAAACAGUGUCUGCUGUUGCCAGAGCAAGAGUAUUACAUUAUUGCUGUAUCAUCCCUAUCAUUUGUGGGUGGGCUGGCAUUAAUUGCAGUCAUCGCAGUGCUGUGUUACCUGAAACGUCCAGAGAAAACACCUGCUGCACUGAAAUCCCCUGCUAGUGGCUGGCUUCCACUCUAUGUUGAAGAUGGGACUGUGGAGGUGGUUACAGACAAAGGAUGGUUUCUGUCACCAUACAGAAAAGACAUGAAAGAUGGUGUGAAAGACCCAAUCAGUCAUCUUACAGUAACAGAGGACAAUGAAGAAGAGGAGAGGAGGACCAGCAUGGAUAGUGGGCUCAGUAUGGAGUCUAACUCAAACAUUGAAGAGAAUCCACCAAUGAGACAAGAUGACAGUGGCUGUGGAAGCAUGGGAGGACCUGAAAGCACAACUAGCAGCCAAACAGAUUACCCACUUGAGAAUGAGCGGGCUGAUUCCAUUCGGAAAAGAGAGGACAGUGGGGUGGGUCUGGGCUGCCAGAUGAUUUCUUGCAUUAACCUGGAUGGGCAGGACAGUGGGCCUCUAAAAGAGUCUGCUGCUGGAGGCAACUAUCGCAGCCAGAGUCCUUCAGAUGUGCAGAUGCAAGCUUCUGAUGAUGAGGAAACAUUUAAACAGAUGCUUCCCAACUUGGUUUUGGCCGAGGUGGUCACGGGCUACAGAGCUGGGCCUCAGUCGUGUAUCUGUUCAGGAGCUGGUCAGUGCAUUUGGUGUCAUCAGCAAGGCCACGAUGAAACCAAAGUCAUCAAACAAUAUAGAAAAGUGUCUAUUGAAAAUGGACUACUUGUAAGCCAAUCUGAUUUAAUAGACUCUUACAAAGGAGAUGUUACACAUCCAGGUUACUCUAGAGAGAAACAAACUGACACACACAUGAUGGAUGACUUAGAAUCAAUCUUUCCACUGAGGGAUUUUCCUCUGCUGACCUCUCUGUCCCCGCUGCCGUUAAUGAAGUGUGGGCAGGACUUCAAUAUGAACAAUGUGUCCCUUUCUCUCUGCGAUGUACAGCUGAAAAUUGACUGAUAAACUGUGAGAUGUGACAAAACACUUUAUUUAAAAAGAAAAAAAAAUCCUGCCACCGCAUGUUACAGUGCAAUACUGGAGCAAUAAACUCACAUUUUCUACUUAAUGAAACAGAAGCACUAGAGUGAGGUAAAAUGUUCCAGUGCCAGAAACUGAAAAAACAUGCGGAAAUCUUGGGGAUAAAACUGAGUGGUUAACAGGCAGUUACUGAACAUACUGUAGGAAGGAAACAGAGGUUAGAUUACAGAGCUACUGACUGGUAACUGUUGGAAGGAGUCUUGGGAGAUUAUGAAGACUGAGAAGAUUCUAAGAAACGCCCUUUUUAACCCUGUUUCACUGAGUCUAUUUACAACUGACUAAUGUGUUGUCUGCCGGAAGUGAAACUGUGUGGGGAGCACUGAAGAGAAACGGCUUGAUAGUUAUGUGCACUUGGACAUUUUGUGAUUUCAUCGCCGCCAACAAUGAACUUUAUUGCAGUUGCCCACAUGAGAAUGUUCUUAUUUCUCAGCAGUGUGUUUAAUUCACACAGUUUCGUAAUACUUAAUCAAUCCACAAACUUUUUACAAUAACAAGUGGUUUCACCUUACUUAACAAGCAAACUUUGAUAUAAAGAGCAUUUUGUGUCUGAUUCUCUUUCAUGUUUUCUUACAUGGCAAAAUAUUUUCAUGUUUGUGCUUAUAAGACCAGCUACUUCUUUGUUCAAUCUAUUUAUUAGUCUAUUUAUUUAAUGCCUUUGUUGAUACAUGUGCUACUCAUGAUUAAAACUUGGACUAGUCUGUAAAAUUCAUAUGUUGCCAAGAUUCCUAAAAACAAUGCCUAAACCUAGCUAAACAGUGAGUGAAAAGUGGAAAAAGUGAAAGUGGAACAUGAAAAUAUUUUUUGAAAAGAAUUAUUAAAUUAAGUUAAAAAGUCAAACUCUUUUCAUUUGAAUUUAAGUCUUAUCCAGUCACCUGCAAGUUUAUGUAGCAUUGCAAAGUAUUUUGUUGAAAGCAAACGUUUUAUCCAAUUUAGAUUUAAGCGAAGAUUAUUUUUAGACAUUCACAAGUCAGUGAAACCAGCUGACAGACGACAUGCUGUUUUCAGAAACUAUGACUAAAGAAAACCCAAGGAAAACCCUGAGACAACAAAAUGAUACCUUCUUUAAAAAACCAUUACACAAGACAAUCUGUAGGCUACUAGGGAUCUCCAUAUGCAAAUUAUGUACAGGAACCAGGUCAGUGGUUUUGAAGCUUCUAAACUGAGAAACAAACACUUCCUCUGUCAGGCCUUACCCCAUUUCUAAAAAGUCCCGAGAAGAGAAUGAAUAUUGUCAAUAUGGGUUGAUUUCCAUACACCAAACACAGCAUUAGGGAAAUCCUGUGACAAGUAUUCUAUGUAUAAACUGCAUACAGGGAAGUAAGACAGUUUCAUGCAACUUAUCAUAAUAUUUUUACAUAUACACUGAUGAUUAUUGUAGAACGUUAACAUGUUGGGAAUUCCUGUGGUAAAACUUUCUUUUUGCGCUCCUACUGUUCCCCUACUUUUUUGAAUGUCUGUGCAUUCUCCAGGUUGGUAAUUGAACUUGAGGGGAACUCCCAAUUCAAUUACCAAAACUGGAAAAAUAUUUGGCUAAUUUUAAGACAAUUAAAAUGCAACACAAAACUUCCAAAACUGGGUUUUGUCCUCUGUAUGAUUUCAAAAUAUGCCUACACCCACAUUAGUUAACAAGGAGAAACAUGUCACUUUGUUUCUCCCAUUAUUGCUAGAUUAAAUCCUUCUCUGUUGAGAAGUUACUGUACUUACAGUACUAGAGCAAAUGCAGGGUUAUGGCAGGUAUCACAAGAACUAUAGUGCAGCUUAUGCUUUAUCUUAUGUUGCCAGCAAAGACUAACAUCACAGAAAUAAAACACGUUAAAAGAA